UAAACCAUUUAUCUUUGCCACUUUGAACAGAAUUAACAUCUCAUGUAUAGCAUGUCUGCUUCUUCAGCAUAAUUUUGAUCACUGCAUGUAUCCUGUUCUAGCAGAUUGACAGGCUUACUUUGUCUGCACACUUUUGCAAAAUGUUGUUUUUUUUCAAAGAAUUUGCAUAUAACCCCAUAUGGUGGGCAUUUGGCUCUUGCGUGUGUUGAUCCACAGUACCUGCACACUUAUUUAGUAUUUUUCUCCUUAGACCACUGUCCGAUGAAUCCUGUUUCCAUUUUCUGUCGACAUGGUCUCUGUAUUUGUUCUGAGUGGCAUAAGUGAAUGAUUCUGCCUCUGCAGGGACAGUGUUCAUCUUUUUUAAUUGGAUCUGCGUCUGUUCGUUUGCUCUGUAUAUAUCUAUGCCUUUUUAUUCAGCGUUGUGGUUCCGUUAUCUUUACAGCCUAUCACAAGUCUGUCUCUGAUCGUUUCGUCUCUCAUUGACCCGAAAUCACAAGAAUCCGACAAUUGACGCAACCUCACAAUAUAUUGACCAGACGUCUCUGCUUGAGUUUGUUCACAUGUUAAAAAUGAAUCUUUCAUUAAUCACAUUACGAGUGGGUUCAAAAUGUAUUUGUAAAACGUCAAGGAUUUUCUUAUAAUUGUUUAUAUCCUCUUCCCCCAGAUUUAGUUGACGCUGAAGCAUAUGGCACUCUCUUCCAAUAACACUGAGCAGUGUUGCCACUCUCACAUGCGGGUCUUUAAAAAAUAUAUAUAAACCUGUCGCGUUUUAAUAAUUCUCCCACUGAUCACGGAAAAGUAACCCGUUUUGGUACAAAUCGCCGUUCAUGUCCAUGGCGCUAGCCACCGGAAUUUGACUGAGAGACAUUGCAGGCUCUUCGUACUCGCUCAUUUGUUCCACUUAUUUGUGUUCAUCCGACAGCGAUUACAUUGUCCACAUACAUUAUCCUAUUUUCCGUGGCGCUUGACUUUGGGUUAUUUUCGCUGACACCAUGUUUUAAUGUGAAUAACUCACGUCGGAGAGUUUGGUAAAGUUAAAGCAUAAUCCUUUACUCAGGUGUUACAGGUUACAACAUCCCAAUCAGACACUCGUAAUAUACCUGUUUAUAUAUCAUAGCCCCACUGGCGACAUCCCUGGGUUGGCGUUAUAGCCAUUAUCUUAACAUUAUGUGCUUGUCGUUGGAACUUUUAACCGCAUGAAGGAAGAAUUACGCAUCCAUUUCUACCUCGAUUCUCUUGGUUACUAAAUAGCCUGUAAUGCGACGCGCCGGUGCAAUUGGUCACUGGCUUCCGCACUCAUUCCACAAAUCGAAACUGCAAUGAGAAAUAUGACAGAUCGAAUACUAAUGCUGAUCGACAUUGUGAACACAUUUAGCGUGUUCCCAUAGGUGUUCUCAUUACUGAUGAAUUUACAUCUAUCGCAAACUUAUUCUUGAGGAUGGCAACGAAGAGUUGGGCGUCUGGCACACGUGUUGCCAAGAGUGACCACAGCAAACCUAAAGCUGGUGAACUGGCCUACGGCAAAGGAGACAUCCUCACUAUUGUGGAAACGGGGACGGUACAUAACAACUUAUGUUGUUAUUCUGGGGUCAGAAAAGGGGCUCAAGUGCCCUCGUUGCUCACAAUGUACUUUUCAAAUGGGAAACAACAUUACAAGGCCAGACACAACACCACAGGAGAGGAAGGACUCGUCGCUGCCACCAACGUGCGAGAACGAGAGGCCAUUUGCGUCGACCCUAGUCUCAGUCUCAUGCCCUGGUUCCAUGGGAAGAUCUCAGGUCCUGAGGCGGUGUCCAAGCUGCUGCCUGUGGAGGAUGGCCUGUUCCUGGUGCGGGAGUCCAUCCGCCACCAUGGUGAUUACGUGCUCUGUGUCAGCUACUCCAGCCAGGUCAUCCACUACCGAGUCAUCUACCAGGACAGCAAACUGACCAUCGACAACACCCAGUACUUCUACAACCUCUUAGACAUGAUCGAGUUCUACUCCAAGCACAAGGGAGCUAUUGUUACCAAACUUCUAAAGCCCAAAGAGAAGGAGGGCACAAAGUCAGCUGAGUUGGAGCUGUCUAAAACGGGAUGGCUGCUGGAUAUCAGGGAGCUGACCUUGGGAGGGAGUAUCGGGGAGGGGGAGUUUGGAGCGGUGUAUGAAGGAGACUACAUGGGCCAGAAGGUGGCAGUAAAGAACAUUAAAUGUGAUGUAACAGCACAGGCAUUCUUAGAAGAGACCACUGUUAUGACGAAACUGCAGCAUAAGAAUCUGGUGCGGUUGUUGGGGGUGAUCCUACACAAUGGACUGCACAUCGUCACAGAGCUCAUGGCCAAGGGUAAUCUGGUGAACUUCCUCCGGACAAGGGGCCGUUAUGUCAUCAACACUGACCAGCUACUGCGCUUUGCACUAGAUGUAUGUGAGGGUAUGGAGUACCUGGAGUCUAAGAGGUUGGUCCACAGAGACCUAGCGGCCCGUAACAUCCUGGUCUCCAACGAGGGCGUGGCCAAGGUCAGUGACUUUGGAUUGACCAAGUUGGACUGCAAGGCCUCAGACAAUGCUAAACUACCAGUCAAAUGGACAGCCCCUGAAGCCCUGAAGAAAGAGAAAUUCUCCACGCGGUCAGACGUAUGGAGCUACGGUGUUCUCCUCUGGGAGAUGUUCUCUUAUGGUCGACAACCCUACCCCAAGAUGUCUCUGAAGGAGGUGAAGGAGCUUGUGGAGCAGGGUUACCGUAUGGAGGCUCCAGAGGAGUGUCCCCCCAGUGUCUACGCCCUCAUGAGGUGCUGCUGGGAGGCUGAGCCCAGGAAGAGGCCCUCCUUCCAGAAACUACAGGAGAAGCUGGAGAGAGAGCUGACCAAACAACAGCCCUGGCUGCUGAAGUCAAUUUAAUAAUCCUAUUCAAAUAACUACUGGGCUCUUGUUUUGAGCUGCCUAGAGCAGGGACAGUAACCCGGGACAGGUGGACCCAAGUGGUUACCGCUCGCUUCACAGCUUUCCCGGGAAACUCUCUGUAUUCUAGCAUCACACGGACAAAAGAGUAGCGGAUGAAGGCGUUUGCUUCUGCUGCUGCUGCGUUCGCGGUAGAACAUACCGCGUGGUGCUUUGUGCAUGCACACAUCCUGUAAAUGGCUACAGUGUAAAAUCAUGCAUCUUGAUUCGCUUAAAGAAAAAGCAUAUCGUUUUUAUGGCAAAAUCGUUUAAACGUAUGUUGAGUUUGUGCGAUGACGGAUGCAGGAUAUUAUACUAAGACAUAACAUGUUAUCGAUUUUUAUAGUAUUUUUAUGGAAUGAUCUACUGUAAUGAGGAGUCCUUACACUUAUUUCUGUCUGUGGUAUUAGAGGGAGCAAGUCAACUCGUCAUGUCUCCACACCCCAAUUCUCUUUCCCGAGUAACACAUUAUUUGUGUUACCAAUAUGGGGCCAUUAUUUUUCUUUCAUAAGAGACAGAGAGCGAAAAGGAUAGAGCGAGAUGGAAAGAGGGAAAAUGCUGAUCCGGGAUUAAAUCCCAGAUCAUCCGUAUCUGCUUGUUUCAGACUGUAAUUGUCCAGCAAUAUGCCCUGCGACUCAGGGGCUUAAUAUGUGAAAUCUUGAAUGUUAUUGCUGAUAUUAGUAAGGAAUUACAAAGCUGACAGCAGUUUGUCUGUGUACAAGCUCUGAGGAGCUACAGGGGAUUGGGACGGAAUAUCCUAUUUUAUUUUCAGUUCAUUUGCCAUAAAUGUAGUAGACCUAUACUCCCAUAAAACCAGUGACUCAGCAGGUCUUAGUCGAUCUAUCUGUGUAAAGGGAAUUUCUUUAUUAAAUCCAGUUCCUAAAAGCAAAGGGGUGCUCGGUUUGAACAGAAAUUGUUGGAUUUUGGACAAUGGACAUUUGCAAAGAAGAGAAACAUGCUGCAUCUGGGGUUUACAAAAAAAAUAUAUUAAAAAAAUAAUGUAAUGUAAUAAUGUAGAUAAGGGACUUACCUCUAAAACAACCAAGGUUUCUCUGUCUUCAAGCAGCUAUGAUUUAACUCAACCCAGAUUAGAGAGGGGAGAGAUUUUUAUUUUAUUAUUGUUGUCACGUUACAACCCAAAUUAAAGAUGUCAUUAGUUUUAAGUC